AUGGUGGCUACCCCAUUGCCUGAUAUAGAUAACCCUGUGGAGCAGGGCGUGCGGCAGAUGUGGGCGGCCAUGGAAGGCAUGGUGCGCAAGAGCCAGUGGACUAUACAGCAUACCGGGCAAGCUAUCUGGAUUGAAGCCAUGCAGUCCAAGAAGGGCCAGACCCUGUAUUGUCCAUUACUGGCAUACAUGGAUGCGGACAGCGUGGCCAAGCAUGUCCAGCCAUGGCAGCAGAUAUUAGUAUUCAUUGCCCGCACCCAGGUGCCGCGCAUAGAGAAGAGUCCACUAUAUGGAAUAAUAUCACGACAGCGGAAGAAAUGGCAGCAGCUGUGGCAGACAGCUACCAUAGGUUCCCCCACAGAGAGAAAGAAGCGGGAGAGAGAUUCCAGGAAGAACAAUCCCGAGCGCAAGCGCCGUGCUGGGCCAGGGGGAGUCCAGCUGGCAGAAUCCCGAGAGCUAUCUGCCGAUUUUGUCGCGGGUGAUCAAGAUUGCCCGGUUCAUGAUUAUCCAGAAGGCAUUGUGGCUGGAUCCUGA